GGCGCUCGGAACUGACCUACUAACACACAUCUCUCGGCGCGGCCACGGCGCCCGCGGACCCGGCGCGCCCGCCCGCCUUCCCGCGCCGCGCCCUCGCCGCCGCCCGCCUCCCGCCGCGGCCCUGGAGGCCUCGCCCGGCCCGAGCCCCGAGCGCCACCGGCCCGACUCCCGGCCGCCCCUUUCUUUCUCCUCGCCGGCCCGAGAGCAGGAACACGAUAACGAAGGAGGCCCAACUUCAUUCAAUAAGGAGCCUGACAGUUUUAUCCCAGACAGUAGAACAAAAGGAAGAAUAUUGAUGGAUUUUAAACCAGAAUUUUUAAAGAGCUUGAGAAUACGGGGAAAUUAAUUUGUUCUCCUACACACAUAGGUAGAGUAAGGUUGUUUCUGAUGCAGCUGAGAAAAAUGCAGACCGUCAAAAAGGAGCAGGCAUCUCUUGAUGCCAGUAGCAAUGUGGACAAGAUGAUGGUCCUUAAUUCUGCUUUAACGGAAGUGUCUGAAGACUCUGCAACAGGUGAGGAGCUGCUUCUCAGUGAAGGAAGUGUGGGGAAGAACAAAUCUUCUGCGUGUCGGAGGAAACGGGAAUUCAUUCCUGAUGAAAAGAAAGAUGCUAUGUAUUGGGAAAAAAGGCGGAAAAAUAAUGAAGCUGCCAAAAGAUCUCGUGAGAAGCGUCGACUGAAUGACCUGGUUUUAGAGAACAAACUAAUUGCACUGGGAGAAGAAAACGCCACUUUAAAAGCUGAGCUGCUUUCACUAAAAUUAAAGUUUGGUUUAAUUAGCUCCACAGCAUAUGCUCAAGAGAUUCAGAAACUCAGUAAUUCUACAGCUGUGUACUUUCAAGAUUACCAGACUUCCAAAUCCAAUGUGAGUUCAUUUGUGGACGAGCACGAACCCUCGAUGGUGUCAAGUAGUUGUAUUUCUGUCAUUAAACACUCUCCACAAAGCUCGCUUUCUGAUGCUUCAGAAGUGUCCUCGGUAGAACACAUGCAGGAGAGCUCUGUGCAGGGAAGCUGCAGAAGUCCUGAAAACAAGUUCCAGAUUAUCAAGCAAGAGCCGAUGGAAUUAGAGAGCUACACAAGGGAGCCAAGAGAUGACCGAGGCUCUUACACAGCGUCCAUCUAUCAAAACUAUAUGGGGAAUUCUUUUUCUGGGUACUCACACUCUCCCCCACUACUGCAAGCCAACCGAUCCUCCAGCAACUCUCCGAGAACGUCGGAAACUGAUGAUGGUGUGGUAGGAAAGUCAUCCGAUGGAGAAGACGAGCAACAGGUCCCCAAGGGCCCCAUCCAUUCUCCAGUUGAACUCAAGCAUGUGCAUGCAACUGUGGUUAAAGUUCCAGAAGUGAAUUCCUCUGCCUUGCCACACAAGCUCCGGAUCAAAGCCAAAGCCAUGCAGAUCAAAGUAGAAGCCUUUGAUAAUGAAUUUGAGGCCACGCAAAAACUUUCCUCACCUAUUGACAUGACAUCUAAAAGACAUUUCGAACUCGAAAAGCAUAGUGCCCCAAGUAUGGUACAUUCUUCUCUUACUCCUUUCUCAGUGCAAGUGACUAACAUUCAAGAUUGGUCUCUCAAAUCAGAGCACUGGCAUCAAAAAGAACUGAGUGGCAAAACUCAGAAUAGUUUCAAAACUGGAGUUGUUGAAAUGAAAGACAGUGGCUACAAAGUUUCUGACCCAGAGAACUUGUAUUUGAAGCAGGGGAUAGCAAACUUAUCUACAGAGGUUGUCUCACUCAAGAGACUUAUAGCCACACAACCAAUCUCUGCUUCAGACUCUGGGUAAAUUACUACUGAGUAAGAGCUGGGCAUUUAGAAAGAUGUCAUUUGCAAUAGAGCAGUCCAUUUUGUAUUAUGCUGAAUUUUCACUGGACCUGUGAUGUCAUUUCACUGUGAUGUGCACAUGUUGUCUGUUUGGUGUCUUUGUGCACAGAUUAUGAUGAAGAUUAGAUUGUGUUAUCACUCUGCCUGUGUAUAGUCAGAUAGUCCAUGCAAAGGCUGUAUAUAUUGAAUAUUAUUUUUGUUGUUCUAUUAUAAAGUGUGUAAGUUACCAGUUUCAAUAAAGGAUUGGUGACAAACACAGAAC